AUGUAUUAUGUGGGGAGACGAGGAUUUGGCUCGGGGAUCAAAGGAUCUCUACGAGAUGGUACAGUGGUUGCUGUAAAGAAAAUGAAGUGUUCACGACAAGAUGAAAAGCAAUUCCGAGCAGAAAUUAGUUCUCUUGGCAACAUACAACAUGUCAAUUUGGUCAGGCUACGAGGGUUUUGUGCAGAAGGAUCAAGACGGUUACUGGUUUAUGAUUACAUGCCCAAGGGUUCUCUGAAUUCUAUACUGUUCACCGGUAGUUCCAAAAGUAAACGGGAGCCGGAAAACAUUCUGCCGGAUGGUGAUUUGUCACCUAAUUUGGUCGAUUUUGGGCUAGCAAAGCUUGUGGGUAGAGAUUUUAGUCAUGUGCUGACCACUACAAGGGGAACGAGAGGAUACUUGGCUCCAGAGUGGAUCUUCGGUCUUCCCAUCACUCCCAAGGUUGACGUCUACAGUUUUGGUACGACACUCUUGGAAAUCAUUUCGGGGCGAAGAAAUCUGGACUUAAAAGUGCAAGAUUCAAGUUUGUUUUACUUUCCCCCAUGGCCUGCAACUCAAAUUCAGCAGGGGAACACAAUGAACAUUGUGGAGGAGGGUGUUGCAGAGGAGGCAAACAUGGAAGAGGUGAGAAGUUUAUGUGUUGUAGCCUUGUUAUGCAUUCAAGAGGACGAGGAAGUGAGGCCUAGCAUGAUGCAAGUGGUGCAGAUGCUGGAAGGGAAGGUGGAGCCUCAAACUCCGCAGGUUAUGGACAGGCCAGUGGACCGAAGCGACACAAGCAGCAUCACCUAUAGCCAUGUUACCAGUUAG